UCGUGUCCUUUUCAGCUGAGCGUCAUCGUUGUAGGAUCUCUUCUCAAGUUUUCACCCGUUAACUCGCCGCCUGCUUCUCUCUCUGGUCAUUUGACGUGGACAUCGGCUGAAAGAAACACUCAGGGUUUCGUGUUAUUAUCCGGACAAGUUUAACAAAAUGCCUGGACCAGCAGCAAGUGCAACCAAUGUUGGGGCCUCCAGUCGCUCCCCUAGUAAGACGGUGGCUCCCCGCGCAGCAGGCUCCACAGUCAGACAAAGGAAAGCUACUAGCAGUGGUACACGCAGUGGUGGCAGGACCACAGGAUCAGCUGGCACUGGUGGCAUGUGGCGCUUCUACACAGAAGACUCACCAGGCCUUAAAGUUGGGCCAGUGCCAGUGCUGGUGAUGAGUCUGCUCUUCAUCGCUUCAGUCUUCAUGCUGCACAUCUGGGGGAAGUACACCCGCUCCUAAUCCUCACCUCUGACCCUGUGACUCGGCUUCUUAACACAUUGGAACUGGACCAAACAAGAAUUGAACAAAAAAAAAAAACCCUCAAGCUCAUAGUUCCAUUCACUAUUUUUGCAAUACACACAAACUGGAUUUUUAUGCAACCCUUUCACUACAUGAUCUUCGUCUGAGUCUGAUGUUGGUAACCACCUUAUUGUUCUUAGUCCGCUCAUGUUUUGAAAGAUCGAGGACUGGGAGGAAGCCAUGCUAGCCCACCUCAGAUGUGCCAUGAUGUGUUAGUGUGUGUGUGUGAGACCCUCCCUCCAAGCAGCCGCAGCAGAUAAACUGCUGCAUGAAGGUUCAGUGCUGUGCUCAAAGACACUGUUAUUUUCAGGCCCCCAGCAUCAACAUUUCUCCCUGUAGCCUGGAUUACAUUUUUUGUUAACAUCAUUUGUACAAAAUAUAAUUGUAAUAUUGUACAAUAAAAAAAACAAAAACAAAAUCAA